CAAGCGCAAGCCACAAACGAGCCAUGGCGGCCGUGUCCGUUGCAAGCCAGAGUCCGGCAUCCAGGUGAGGGAAGGCUGUCUCAUGCCAUUGACUAUGAUGCAUGAGACUGUUCUGCACGUCGCGCAGAUGCGUCCGGAAACCUGGAAGGCGGUUGGGAACCUGAGUGGCUCUCCGUGCCGAGGAAGCAGCUUUCUGGUCCCCGUCCCCAUCGCAUCGCGGCACAGGGACCCUUCUGAGGAUCGACCCACCUCGACUCGCUCUGCGAAGAGACGACAUGACCAGCUGUCGCAGGGAAGCAGCCGUGAUCACCUUAGCCGCAUCACAGCUGCCUGCCAUUGGGCGAGAUGGGCAUUGCCAGAUCAGACUGCUCACAAUCCAGGUUCGUCUCUGCAGCCACCCCAGGGUCAUCGCAGGCUCACACACCGUCCGGGCCCUGCUAGGCUACUGGCCCCAUAUGGACGCUCACCGUGCCCUCAUGCCAGCCGUCCUCGCAUGCUCUGGCUGGGCGGACGCUUCGCGAUGCUACCUCCGCUCGACGGUGACCAUGGACCGAGUUACGUGGUAAUCUGGCAUAUUGCGCCAAAUUGGCUGCUGCCGGGUUACAGUGUGCAACACCCUGGCCGCCGUGAUUCGAACAGCAACUUACUUGCGAAACCCGGGGACGACCGUUGUUUGUCUCUUUUAUCCGGGUGCGAGCCUAUUCGGCGACGCCCCACGAAAAUACAGCGAAGCCAGCGUGCACCCGGCAGCGAGCUAGAGACAUCUCCUUCGCCCGUUGGACCACAAGAGGAUUUGCUCGGAGCAAUCAGAGUUGUCAGCGCUCCCAGUCAAAGUCUACUUCUGCAUGCAAGCCAGCGCAAUUGAGAGAAAGUGGGUGCUGCUGCGACACACGCAGCGACUAGUCUAGCAUUACCCUAGACUCUACAUGGGCAUCACGGAACUGCUUCUUUGCACAAACAGAACUCACUACUGCGUGUUCCAGGACUUCGAGUCGCUCUACGUUAAUCCAAUCUGCUCCACUCACUUGUUCAGGAACCUACGGCCUGCCUGCCAAGUAUACAGCUUCACGUAUCGCCCUGUCCCUGCUGACCUCGUCGU